AUGGGAAAGAAAAAGGUCCUUGUAUGCUACGGUGUGGAUAUCGACGCCGUCGCCGGCUGGCUCGGGUCAUAUGGUGGCGAGGACAGUACCAGUGAUAUCAGUCGAGGUCUAUGGGCUGGAACUAUUGGCACGCGUCGGCUCCUGAAGCUUUUUGAAAAGUACAAUAUCAAAGCGUCUUGGUUCAUUCCGGGCCAUUCCCUGGAAACCUUUCCGGAAGAAUGUGCCAUGGUUCGGGAUGCGGGCCACGAGAUCGGCCUGCACGGCUACAGCCAUGAGAACCCUGUCGACAUGACGCUAGAGCAGCAGCGCGACGUCCUAGACAAGACGUGGAAAAUGUUGACGGACUUCUGCGGUAAACCGCCCAAGGGCAGCGUCGCCCCGUGGUGGGAGACCAGCGAAGAAGGGACUGAGUUGAUGCUCAGCUAUGGCAUCGAGUAUGAUCACUCCAUGUCGCACCAUGACUGCCAAGCCUACUGGUUGAGGACCGGGGACAGCUGGACCAAGAUUGACUAUACCAAAAAGGCAGAGGAAUGGAUGAAGCCACUGGUCAAGGGUAAGGAGACUGGUUUGGUUGAGAUCCCCGGAUCGUGGUAUAUUGAUGACCUCCCACCAAUGAUGUUUAUGAAGAACUCAGCAAACUCACACGGAUGGGUGAAUCCAAGGGAUGUGGAAGAUAUCUGGCGAGACCACUUUGACUACUUUUACCGAGAAUACGAUGAGUUCAUUUUCCCCAUGACGAUCCAUCCCGACGUCUCGGGACGGCCUCACGUGCUACUCAUGCACGAGCGGAUCAUUGAACACAUCAACAAACAUGAAGGUGUUGAGUGGGUGACCAUGGGAGAGAUGAGCGACUACUUCAAGUCGAAAAAUCCUGCACCCGAGGGAGGUCUGAUGCCUGCUAGUCAGGAGGAGGUCAUGAAAAUGUACGAGGAAUGGAAGAAGACGCAAUCAAAAGUAUUGGUAGCCUAA